CCAUCCCUCGGCUCGAUUGAAUGUAGCACGUCUUUGCAGCUUGUCGCGCAAUGCCUCUCAACUUCCACAGCAAGCAGCGAAAAGGCCAGUACCAUGACGAGAAAGCGCAGAGCGACGGACGGGUCAAUUCCUUCGGCCAGGUCGCGAUCAACUUCCAUAGGAACACUGCGCAUUUGAGAUACUGGUUCGAGAAGCUGCAGGUCGAUGCUAUCGCAAGCUGCCCGGCGCAACGUGCAAAGGCGCGGAGGGGGAGUACGGCGCUUGUAGAGGAGUUCAUCAGCGAGAAGGCACAUGUUUUGUCUAAGCCGCGGCUAAACAUUGCGAUACAUAUCUGUGGCUCUCGAGGAGAUGUGCAACCUUUCAUUCCGAUUGCAAAGUUACUCCAGGCGGCCCCGCAUGGACAUCGAGUGCGGAUAUGCACGCAUCCUGCUUUCAAGGACUUUGUUGAAAGCAACGGGAUCGAGUUUUUCUCAAUAGGGGGUGAUCCCGAGGCGUUGAUGGCGUACAUGGUGAAGAACCCCGGGCUGCUGCCGAACAUGCAAUCAGUAAAGGCUGGAGAUAUCGGCAAACGACGAAAAGAGAUGGGCGAGAUGAUCGAAGGAACCUGGCGUAGCUGCAUCGAGGCCGGCGAUGGCAUGGGCGCGAAGAUUCCAGUACUGAAUGUAGAUGCGGCAGAAGAUCUCUUCAUCGCUGAUGCCAUCAUCGCAAAUCCCCCAUCGAUGGGACACAUCCACUGUGCAGAGAAGCUCGGCAUCCCGCUGCACAUGGUAUUCACCAUGCCAUGGUCGCCAACGAAAGCUUUUCAUCACCCACUGGCAGCUAUGGAGUAUGGAGAAGUCGAGACGUCUAUGGCCAACUACUUUUCCUUUUCCAUUAUGGAGCUCCUUACUUGGCAAGGCCUCGGUGAUAUCAUUAACAAGUUCCGGACUCAGACUCUGAAACUGGAUGCGAUUAGUCCGCUGUGGGGUCACCAGCUCAUACCGCGACUCCGUGUACCAUACACAUAUCUCUGGUCGCAAACUUUGAUUCCGCGGCCAGCUGACUGGGCGGAGAAUAUAAGCGUAACCGGGUUCUCGUUCCUCGUAGCUGGCUCGGACUAUACUCCGCCUCAGGAUCUAGCCGACUUCCUAGCCAAAGGACCACCACCAGUGUACAUCGGGUUUGGUAGCAUUGUUGUUGACGAUCCGACUGCCCUCACCAAGCUCAUCUUCGAAGCAGUGAAGUUGGCAAAGGUGCGAGCGAUCGUGUCGAAGGGAUGGGGAGGCGUUGGCGCGGGUGAGGUGCCUGACGAUGUGUAUCUCAUCGGGAAUUGUCCACAUGAUUGGCUUUUUCAGAGAGUCUCGUGUGUCGUCCAUCAUGGAGGAGCUGGUACAACCGCGGCUGGCAUUUCCUUGGGGAAACCAACAGUUGUCGUGCCUUUCUUUGGCGAUCAACCCUUCUGGGGACAGAUGAUUGCAAAGGCCGGCGCAGGGCCAGUCCCUGUGCCAUUCAAGCUAAUGACGGCACAGAGUCUUGCUGAGAGCAUAAAGUUCGCGCUGAAGGACGACGUCCAAAUUGCUGUAAAGCGAAUGGCCAAGAGCAUAGCGGAAGAAGACGGCGCAGGGGGCGCAACGCACGACUUCGAGGAAAAGCUUGAGCUUGACGGGAUGCGGUGUCAUGUCUCUCCAGAACGUCUGGCGCUCUGGCGAGACAAAGAAUCCGGAGCACACCUGAGUGGUUUCGCUGCAGUCACACUUUGCGAAGCGAGGCUAUUAGAUCCAAAGCGACUGCGAUUGUUGCGACACAGACACUGGUAUACUCAUGAGGGAGCUGAAGGUCCACUCGUAGGUGCCGUAGCUGCUUUUGGUGGACUCGUGUCUUCUCUUGGUACAGCGACAACUGAUUUCUCACUCCGCCUAAAGAAACGGACUGAGACUGAGGACGUCGAGACCUUGGCUCGAACUAUCACGAAUGGUGCAGAGGAGGCUUUUGAUCCCAAAAAAGGCAUAACCUCAAAGCAGUUCAACCACCUAGCGUACAGGAUGGCAAAGAAAUCGUAUGAAGACGAUCCAGUAAAGAAUUUCAGCAAACCACAAGCUCGCCCUGGCCUCGUGGCGUUGCGAAGGAAGGUGGCAGAGAAGAAGGCGAGAGGCGGUCGAGGGUACCAGAUCACAAGCGCCACAACGCACUACGUGUGUGAUAUUGCCGCUGCAGGCGCUAAAGCUCCGGUUGCGCUCUUCUAUAAUAUGGCAAACGGAUACCGAAAUCUCCCUUCCUAUGCGAUUCGGAACGAUCCAGCAAGGCGACGAGACGAGAUAACAGGCUUCGGCAGUGGGUGUAAGCUCGCCGGCAAGGAAUUCGUGCUGGGCUUCGGCGACGCAAUCCAGGGUACUGUCAGGCAUCCGUAUCUUGGUGCCAAACAGGAAGGCGCACUCGGUUUUGGCAAGGGCAUUGGGAGAGGCUUCGCUGGGUUCUUCUACCACACGAUGGCAGCCAUCGUCGGCCUACCUGGGUACUUCCUCAAGGGGAUUGAGAAAGAAUUGCUGCGGCGACACAUGACGGCAAUCCAAGCCGAGAUUGUUCUCAUACAACUGCGUCGAUCGUCUCUUGAAUUUAGAGCGGCAAGUGAAGCUGAGAAGGCCGAGGCGCUGGAGAAAUGGGAAGAGGUGAAGGCCAGCAUACAGAAGCACUAGUUGCGAAUCGUGUGACAGAUUGGAUUCAUAUAGGAUGUUUUAAGACUAAUAUUUGCCACUGACCAAGACUGGAGCAUCUGUCGUUGUGAUAGACUUUGGAAUCAUGACUCGC